AUGCCGCACACCUCCCUCAUCCUCUACCCCAAUGACCCCGACACCAAGUUCGACGAGACCUACUACCUGCAAACCCACAUGCCGCUGGUGGACUCGGUGUGGAAGAAGCACGGCAUGACCAGCUGGGCCAUCCACAAGCACAACAAUGCGCUCGAUGGCUCGCCGUCCAAGUAUCUGAUCACGGCCACCGUUCAGUGGGAGAGCCAAGAGGCCACGCAAGCGGCAUUGAAGGACCCCGACAGUGCGCGUGUGUUCCAGGAUAUCCCGAACUUUACCAACAAGCAGCCUGUGACUCUGACGGGCGAUGCUCUCUGA